AUGUCAUCGGCGGCGAACGCCCUGGGGCUCCCGCCGGGGGUCCGGUUCGACCCCACGCCCGAGGAGCUCGUCGAGUUCUACCUCAUGCCGCGCGCCUUGGGACAGCCCACCGCGGUCCCGGGGAUCGUCAUCGAGGACGCCGAGGCCACCACCAGCUCGCGCCACCCCUGGAAGCUGCUCACGCGCAACCGGCGCACCGACGACGACGAGGCCUACUUCUUCGAGCGCAUCGCGACGAGCGGCGACGACGCCAAGGGCGGCGCUGCUGCUCGCCAGGACCGCAGCUGCGGCGGCGGCCGCUGGACGUGGGUGGGGCAGAAGCGCUUCCCGGACGAGGUGCUGCCCCUGCGCGGCGAGGGCGAGCAGGUGUCGUGGGGCAAGUACUCGCUCAACCUGCAGGAGGGCCGGCGCAAGGGCGGCAGCACGGGGUGGGUCAUGCACGAGUACACCAUCACCUCGCCGCAGUGCCCGUGCCCCGUCAAGCUCUGCCAUGUCGCCUUCACCGGCCACGGCCAGAAGCGCCAGCGCGUGCCCGACGACGACGAUGGCGUGGGAGAGGACCAAGAGCUAGAAGCCGGGACGCCUCAGCACAAGCGCGUCGCCACCGCGACCGCGUCGACGCCUGCGUCUUCCGUGAUAACGAUGGCGACGCCGGAUCACGGCCUCGGGGAGGCGCGCGCGCAGAAUCAACAACAGACGACAUCAUCGGUUGGGAAUUUCUGGGGCUCAGACGCUGGAUUUAGCCAAGAAUCAUCUAUACGAUUUAGCCAAGAAUCAUCCAUCACAAUCCUGGAUCCUUGGUACCCUGACGCUGGAACAAGCCAUCAAGAACCCUUUCUGCUGGAUAAGGGACUCGCUCAGAACCAAGAAUAUUUCUCAAACCAGCCUCAAGCUUAUCAUCAUCAAGAACAAUUCGUGAACCAAGGGGUGCCAUCCGCCGAAGCUUUUUGCGCAAUGCUAUUGGCAUCAGGCCUCGGAUCAUCAAACCCAGGCCAAGAACCUCCUUCAGGGCAGCCUCUUACUAAAGAAGAGCAAUUGCGCCUGCAGCUGGAUCAACUUUUUCGCGGUAUCGGCACGCCGCACUGCCUUCCCAUACAACCGGUCACGGUCAGUGACGACGCCGGGUACCAUGAGGAGCACGAGCACAUCCAGACAACGGCAUCUGCAGCGACAGCCGAUCUCCCGCUGCCGAUGGAUCGAGAAUCCUGCACUACGGAGCAAUCGCAUGGAGACAUGGACGACCUACCUGAGUUCUUCAAGGGAUGGAGCGAUCUCGACACCUUCACCGACACGUCAGGCGUGCAAGACUACGACGAUGGCACGGCUGCCGGAACUCUUGCCGGCGAUUGUCCUGGAGAUGGAACCUGCUAUGACGGGGGAAGCGGAAAUUUUGCAGUUACGGCAUAG